GAUUUCCUCGCGUUAUAACGAAUCGGCGUCUAAGGGUUUAAGUGUCACUUGACAUCACUGCUCCCACGUGUUCUUUCCCAUCUGGCGGCCGCGGCUCCUGUCCUGACCCUGACUCUCCCUCCCGAGGCUCAGCCGUCCCCCAACACCCCCCAGCCUUGUACUGAUGUUGGAUGCGAGAGCCUGUGCUUAAGUAAGAAUCAGGCCUUACUGGAGACAUUCAAGCAAAGGUUGGACAACUACUUUUCCAGAACAGAAAGGAAACUCAUGCAUCAGAAAAGACAAAGUCUCGCUCUGUCACCCAGGCUGGAAUGCAGUAGCACAAUCUCAGCUCACUGCAGCCUCUGCCUCCCAGGUUCAAGCAAUUCUGCCUCAGCCUCCCGAGUAGCUGCGAUUAUAGGUGACUAAUAAAGGUACCAGAAGAAUAUGGCUGCACAAAUACCAGAAUCUGAUCAGAUAAAACAGUUUAAGGAAUUUCUGGGGACCUACAAUAAACUUACAGAGACCUGCUUUUUGGACUGUGUUAAAGACUUCACAACAAGAGAAGUAAAACCUGAAGAGACCACCUGUUCAGAACAUUGCUUACAGAAAUAUUUAAAAAUGACACAAAGAAUAUCCAUGAGAUUUCAGGAAUAUCAUAUUCAGCAGAAUGAAGCCCUGGCAGCCAAAGCAGGACUCCUUGGCCAACCACGAUAGAGAAGUCCUGAUGGAUGAACUUUUGAUGAAAGAUUGCCAACAGCUGCUUUAUUAGAAAUGAGGACUCAUCUGAUAGAAUCCCCUGAAAGCAGUAGCCACCAUGUUAAACCAUCUGUCAUGACUGUUUGGCAAAUGGAAACCACUGGAGAAACAAAAUUGCUAUUUACCAGGAAUAAUCACAAUAGAAGGUCUUAUUGUUCAAUGAAAUAAUAAGAUGCAACAUUUGUUGAGGCCUUAUGAUUCAGCAGCUUGGUCACUUGAUUAGAAAAAUAAACCAUUGUUUCUUCAAUUGUGACUGUUAAUUUUAAAGCAACUUAUGUGUUCAAUCAUGUAUGAGAUAGAAAAAUUUUUAUUACUAAAAGUAAAAUAAAUGGAAAUAUCACUGAACAGUUGUUUAUACUGUAUGGUACCAUAGUAUUCUCACUGGACUGUGGAUACGUUGAAAUGUUUUUCAAUCAGGAUCAUCCUCCAAGCAUUCCUGUUCAUUCAUGUCUGCCUCAAAUUGCUGGUGAAUACAUAAAAUAGUUACUUGCUAAUCAUUUCAACGCACGAUCCUUUUCUUGCCUCCCUUGUGUCAGGGUGGGCAUUACAUAUAUAUUUUUUUUUUUUUUUUUUUGAGACGGAGUUUUGCUUUCGUCACCCAGGAUGGAGUGCAAUGGCGCGAUCUCGGCUCACUGCAACCUCUGCCUCCCAGGUUCAAGCAAUUCUCCUGCCUCAGCCUCUCAAGUAGCUGGGAUUACAGGUGUGUGCCACCAUGCCCAGCUAACUUUUGUAUUUUUCGUAGAAAUGGGGUUUCACCACGUUGGCCAGGCUGGUCUCGAACUCCUGACCUCAGGUGAUCCACCUGCCUCAGCCUCCCAAAGUGCUAGGAUUACAGGCGUAAGCCACCGUGCCUGGCCACAUAUUCUUAUCUUACCUAUGUUUUCAUAUAUCUUCAGGAAACAAUCCCAUCUGCCCUAGUUUGGGAAUGUUUAAGAGUUGACUGUUAUACUGUAAUGGAGUUCAUGUUUGUGUUUUGUUCAAACGCUGACAGUCAAAUAUGAUAGAUUCCAAGGCUUGCCAAUGAUAAAAAGUGAACCAAAGUUAAUGUCUUUUGGCUAAUGAAUCCUGAAAUGAAUCCAGGCUUUUGCAGGAAAUUCUAGUUGAUGCAUACAUAUACCAAGCAGUUUAGUAAAAUGGAAGUGGACUAAAACUUACUAAUCAACUGGCUUCUGAAUGGAUUUCAUUUGAUACCAUUUUAAACCUAUAUUUAAGAGAAUGCUAAUUAGCCUGUAUGUUUAAAUUUACCAAAGUGAUUUCUAUGUUUUGUAUGUUAAUGGAAGUAGAAGUAUUGUUCUGCUUUAAAACUGAACUGUUGAAAUACGGAUAAUACUCAAGAAAAUAUACAAUUUAUUAUAGUCAAAGGAACAUGAAGAAUAGGCUUGCUUCUGUUAAAGGAGCCAAAAAUUCAGAGAUUUCACUUAUUUAAGAUUUUGGGCAAUUCACACACAUACUUUGAUAUUUCUGUGUAGUCAAGCAUAACAUAGCUAUUUACUGUGUACAUUUCACAAAGAUAAUUAAAUAUGUGCUCACCUGGCAAAUAAGGG